AGAAGCGUCAGAUUUUUGGGUUCUCUGUUCUGUUUCGAGUGGGGGAAAUGGAUAAGGUUUGAUCUUCGCCUUUCGAAUUUUAUUUUCUCAGUGGUUCUCCGUUUACAUUCUUCUCCGAUCGGAAGAGCGAGGAAAAUGACGGAAAGAUCUAAAGAGUUAUGGCGAAGCUUGAUCAAUCGUUCUGGGUUACGACAACGCAACUACGAAUAAGCUGAAGAGUAGGUAUUAUUGCAUAUUCUGUUUGUUUCUUAUAAGAUUUCAGAAUGGUAUAGGUAAUAGAGAGUUCAUGCCUAUUCUUUUUUCUUUCCCUUCUAUUCGAUUCGGUUGUUACUUUCUCGACUACUUUCAAGAUUUUCAGGCAGAUGGUGCGUUUGCUUUGAGAGCUUGGGAAGAAAAGGGUUAAUUUACCAUUAGCUAAGGAGAUACUUAGUGGAGAAAGUCAUGGCUGCCAAUAACAAGUCACAGCCUCAGAAAUCAAGAGAUACUUUGGAGAAGAAAGUCGAUAAGAUCUCGAAGAGCUUAUCAGAGUUGAAAACACUAUUGUGUUCUAUAAAGCAAGAUCCCGUAGGAAGAAGCGACAAGGAUGAAGGGAUUAAUCAAAGAAAUAAUCAAAAAGAAACUUUAGGAAGGAGCCGAAGUGCUCCUGCUGCUUUGACUCAUGUUACAUUUGAUGGCAAAUUGAUUACGAGGCUAGACCAUCGCCUCCAGGUGCUCAAACCGAAGCUGGUAAAGCUGGAGCAGUUUCAAACAAAUGUGGGAGAAGAGCUUGAUAAACAUCUUUCUACCGUUCAGUCACUGAUUAAAAAUUUGGAUUCUUCCAGGGUUUCUUCUCAAACUACGUUUUGGAUCAAGCCCGACUUAGAAGGCAUGGAGACAAAGAUCUCUGACUUGUUUUACCAAGUCCCCUCGUUGUCUGGCAAAAAGCAGCAGCAUAUGGAUUUCAAGAUGAUGAAGAGCUUAUUCAUCAAGGAAAAUCCUGUUUUUAUAUUCCCAGUAUGUAUACAAAUGUGGAAGAUCUCACCAAAGGAGAGGUUUUUAGACAAGUAAUACAGAAGUUUAAGGAGCUUGAUAUUGAACAGAAGAUCUGCCUUUUGAGUUUCUCAGUGUUUCCAGAGAAUCGAGAGGUUCAUAGAACAAUGCUGAUGUAUUGGUGGAUAGGAGAAGGGGUUCUACCUGUCGAAGGAGCUGAAGAAGCUGUUAGGGAAGUUCUUAAGGAAUUCACUGAGAAAAAUUUGGUCGAACCCGUUGAAGAGAGGCGCAAAGUGGCUCCAAGCAGCUAUAAGAUGAAUCCUUUUGUGCAUUCUUCAGUUGUUCUUCUCUCCAAGGAGAUUGGAAUUUUUUAUAUCUAUCGUAAAGGGAAGAAGCCAAGGAUAAAAAAAACGGUGAUGGGAAAGGUGUGCCUUGUGGAGGGGUCAUCAAUCCCUAAAAAAAUGCCAUCGCGAGAUCAUAUCGAAACUGUGUUCAAUGUUUCUGAGAGUUCACCAGAUUUCACAUUCAAGUGGUUCUCGGAGAAGCCAUCAAACAAAAAGCUCAUGAUCAAGCUAUCCACAACUUGGUUCAAGUCACUCAAGGUCUUCUAUUUGGGGAGAUGGGAAAGAAGUAAGAAACGCCAGAUCCAGGUACAAAAUCCUCAGCUAAUGCAAUGUUUGAAACAUUUGAAGAACCUAAGGUUUCUAAGUUUUCAAGGGAUCCAAACCAUUAGAAGCCUAAACAGUUCGGCUUGUAAGCUACGCAAGCUGCUCAUCUUGGACCUAAGGGAAUGCUAUGGCCUGAAGAAACUUCCAGAAAAGAUAGGUUCACUUGAGAAUCUAGUCUACUUGAAUAUGACAGGAUGCUAUAUGUUGGAAUGGAUUCCCUUUAGGUUGGCUUUGUUGAAGAGGUUAGAGGUUCUCAAGGGCUUUGUGGUUAGUGAUGAAGUCUAUGAGGGUGUUGCGUGCAAACUUAAUUAUUUGAAGGGUUUAACGAAGCUAAGAAAGCUCAGCAUCGAAAUAAACCGAGAUGAUCUUGGUGUAGGAAAAAUGAUGGAGGAUCUUGUAGAACUCAAAGCAUUGACAAGCUUGAAGGUGACAUGGAGGAGGGAUAUUUUUAUUGGCGAGGAUUCCACGAACAUUAAAACUCUUCCUGAUCAGUUGAAGAAACUGGACCUGCAGCGUUUCCCGCACGAAGAACUGCCCACUUGGCUUCAUCCCGAGAAUCUGCUUCACUUGAAAAAGCUCCACAUUGGUGGAGGAAGACGACUCAAGGGUGUCGGUGACUUGCCUGAGAAGGCAACAAAAUGUGCCGUUGAAGUCUUGCGUCUCACGUCACUCCCAAAGCUAAAGCUUGGGUGGAUAGAGCUGAAGCAAAUCUACUUCCCAAAUCUGGCCUUUCUUGAGAACUAUGAAUGUCCAAGAGUUACUCUCACUCCCUGCGAUGGAACUGGAAUCUGGAGAUCUGACCAAGACUAGUGUUGUGCUCGAAAUCAGGUUAACUAGAUUCGGUUUCAAUUUGGUUCCUUUUUGGUUCGGUACUAAAACACAAAAGAUUUGAACCGAUAGUUCGAGUUUUCAAUUUGGUUCCUUUUUUGCCCAAAUUUAUCGUGUGUGUGUGUUUUCUGCAUUCUUUAUACAAGGAAUUUUCUUAAUC